UUUGCGACCAGUUGCAUUUAGCUCGUCGACUGGUGUAUACCGUCUACCAUCAGUCGAAGUUAGUGAAGGUGACAGUUAAAGAGUUACUGUUUUAGUAGAAGUGUCGUGCUGAAUGUGACAUCUAAAUUUUUAAUGUAAUUAGGUGUAACAGAAAGUGAAAUUGAAAUUCUAAGACGUGUGCCAACAAACUUAGUGACAUUGAUCGUUUUGAAAUCAUAUGGAAUUGACCUGCAUCGAGAACAUGGCCACUACAAAUUUUGCUAAAAAGGAUCCAAUAAUCUUCAGGGAUUCACGUGUCAUUGAAAAUUUGCUGAAGGAUCAAGGCUUUUAUGUCCCCAGAUGCAAUUAUUUCGACGAAGUACAAACUGACAUUGAGCCUUUCAUGAGAAAAGUUGUCACAACUUGGAUGUUGGAGGUGUGUGAAGAGCAAAUGUGUGAAGAUCAAAUUCUACCCUUAGCUAUAAAUUACAUGGACCGAUUUCUUUGCGUGUGUGCCAUUAAAAGACAGCAACUCCAACUUUUGGGAGCCACUUGUUUGCUGAUAGCCUCAAAAUUUCGAAGCAGUAGCGUGCUGACAAUUGAUUUGCUAUGCGCCUAUACGGACUACAGUGUCACCUACGAUCACAUUUCGAGUUGGGAAGUGUUAGUUUUAUCAAAGUUGCAAUGGAACAUCGCGGCUGUUACCGGUUACGAUUACAUCGAUCAAGUUAUUGAACGAUUCCAUUGGGGCAACGAAAGUAUACUCUUAAGAAGACAUGCCCAUACAUUAGUUUCCAUUUGCUACACCGAGCCCUCAUUAGUUCAAACACCGCCGUCGCUGAUCGCAGCAGCCUGCAUUUGUUCAGCAAUUCGUGGUUUGAAAUUAUCAUCCGAUAAUCAAGCCACAAGAGACGUAUGUUACAUACUUAAUUUAGAUCCAAUUUCCCUAGAGCUUUUAGUUCGUUUCGUAGAUCAGAUUGUUGAAAAAGUCGUUCCACAAAAACCCAAACCAAACCCAAACGACACCGCUAAAGGUGUUUCAAAUAACGGAUUCGAAAGUCCGAACUACAAACAACCUGAAACACCCACCGAAGUUGAAAAUGUUUAUUUUUAACACGUUUCCAAAACCGAACCUCUAUUUUUCAUGUUUUUCUCCAAAGAUAAGUUUGUUUUUUGUUUUUCUUGUCAUAUUUUUAGUUGAUCUUAUAUUUUAUUUUAAAUAUCUUCUAGUGAAAUUGUUAUAGGCUGCUAAGCUUUAGCUUCAAAUAAAAAAAAAGGAGUAGGCGUUACUUCAGUUACCAAACUUACCAAAUGUAUUACUAUACGUAUACAAACUCAAUUCUUAUUAAAUCGGUAGUUAAAACAACGACUUUGAAACAAUAACGCAUCUAAUAUUUCGGAUGUUUAUAACACAGAGAUAUAAGUAAUGGCAUUGGAGAUUUAGAAAAAAAAAGUGACUGACUCGGGUCAUUGCAUCUUUGUUGAAUCUCUAUGGCAACUGUUUGUGAAAGACAGGGAUAGGGGACCUUUUUCAUUUACUCUUUCUUUAGCUAACACUGCAUACUCAUCUGGGUGGCGUGCCCCGUUCUUUUAUAUCUAUAUCUCUGUGGUUUAACGUACGUUUGUUUUCGCUUAGCAUCCUUAAUAAAGUCACUAGAUUUCCAUGUUUAUCGUUUGCGUUUGGUGUUUUUGUUGAAUAGUCGAUAUAUUUGAUUUUAUAAAAAAUAACACUUUUUGCCACCAACGUUGUGUCGAUAAGAUUCGUGAUCACCGGUGAAUGUACAUACAUAUAAUAAUCUGUACAAUAUUAUUUACUGAGUGUGUGUAGUCGAAGUUUGCAUUGUAUUAAACGAACUUGCACUCAAACAAAUGAAAAUGGGUGUAAGAUUUAUCACGAGAAACAAUGCAUGCUUUUAUAGUUAUUAUAGUUAAGUUCAAAAGCGUCGUUUACAUUUAGUGUAAAUAAUGAUCUCAAACCUUACUAAAAGUAUUAAUUAGUCCGGGCGGUAUUGGCGCAUUUGUGGAAAAACAUUUCGCGUAAGCGUUUCGUAUAUAACACCCAAGUAACCUUUUUCAUCUAAAACUGCCAAUUACGUCGCGCAAAAUGCCUAAAAGUAAAUACAAUAAAUAAAGUAAAAGAUUUUUAUUAUUUUUCUUCAUUUUAUAAAAAACAAUGCCACGGGACACGUUAUUUAACCCUCUCCCCCCUUUAGCGCACCUUGACGUUUUACACGAUCUCCCUCCCACUAAAUUUCGUUACCUAAUACUUAAAGAGCCCGUAAGUCACCAUUUAUUAAAUGGAUUAAUUUAUUUAUAAAAAAACGAAAUAGAAGAAUUGUCAAAAUAGUAAUAAUUUUCGAAUUAUAA